AUGGUUCAAGGCAUUCCGCUUCUCGCGGCUCUGCUGCCUUCGCUCUCGACAGCCACUCUGUACUCAACAUACAAGUUCAACCCGCUGGAACAUCUCGGCGGCGUCGCUCCCUAUUUCGAGUCCCAGGAUCCACCAACCUCGCCAACACCUCCGAAAGGAUGCACGCCGGUCCGCGCUGCGUAUCUUUCCCGCCAUGCCGCCAUCUAUGCCAACGAUUUCGAUGACGAGGAGUACAUGGAACCCUUCAUUUCGAAAUGGGAGAACCAUACGGGAAUCGACUGGUCCAAGAUUCCGUCGCUCAGCUUCUUGUCUGACUGGAGCGCUCCCUUCUCAGAAGCCGAGCAGGAGCUGCUCACACGUCUGGGGAAGCUCGAGGCCACGGAGCUGGGAAUCAGCCUUUCGUUCCGCUAUCCCGGCUUUCGUUUGCCGCAGCGUGUCUGGACCUCUUCGGCCGAGCGCACCGCCAAGUCGGCGCAGGCCUUGGUUCGCGGCUUUGAGCUGCAGGACGACACCAUUAAUGUCGUGACCAUUUACGAGUCUGAGGAAGCUGGCGCGGACUCUCUGACGCCAUACAAGAGCUGUCCGGCCUACUCCUCCUCGGCGGGCAGCGACCAGGCCUCGGUGCAUCUCAAAACCUUUACGAAGCCCAUCAUUGCAAGACUUAAUAAGCUUGCGCCGACCUUCAACUUUACCGCCGAAGAUGUGUAUGGCAUGAUGGCGAUGUGUGGCUACGAAUCAGUAAUCCGCGGCAGCUCUCCGUUCUGCAGCCUUGAUUUAUUUACCCCUAACGACUGGCUAGGCUGGGAAUAUACUGCCGACAUCAUGUACCACUACAAUACAGGUUACGGCAGCAACGCGGCCGGUACGGUUGGGCUUCCCUGGCUCAGAGCCACUGCGAGCUUGCUGAUGGACGCUGCCCCUGCUCAAGAUUUGUACGUCAGCUUCACUCAUCGCGAACUGCCGCCGACGGUGAUUGUGGCCAUGGGACUCUUCAACAAUUCGGAAUUUGGCGGUGGCGACGUCAACGAGACCAUGCCGCUCGACCGCAUCAACCACCGUCGCGCCUGGAAGAGCUCGCACAUCCUGCCGUUCUUGGGCAACAUCGCCAUUGAGCGGCUCAACUGCACGGGGAGCCCCGGGUUUGCGGACGGCGAGUACUACCGGGCGCUCGUCAACAACGCGCCCCAGCCGCUUCCGGACUGCGGCGGCGGCCCGGGCACGAGCUGCUCGCGGCAAGGCUUUGAGACGUACCUCGAGGACCGUACGGCAAUGUUCGAGGGGUUUUCGGAAAAGUGCGGAGUAGAAUACAAGAACUCGACCGACUCGCUGACCAUCUAUACGGAUCCUAAGCUCGCGCACGAGCCGCGGAUAAAAUAG